AUGAGAGGCUGUAAGGUUUCAUGCCAGCCUAUACGCCAUGAGACAACUAUCCACAAGAACACGAGAAUGCUCAGCACUGUGAUGAAGAACCUCAUUUAUAAUAGCAGAUAUCUCUAUCACCUCGACUUCCAGGGUGUCCUGGAUUCAGUCAGUGAUGGGCAGAGCAAGCUGGACACCGUCACGGAGGAAGGACAAACUCUGUACGCACACCUGCCCAAGCAAACUGUUAGCAGCAUCCAGGAGCAAAUCACAAAAGCCAAUGAAGAGUUCCAAGCUUUUCUGAAGCAGUGCCUUAAAGACAAGCAGGCUCUCCAGGACUGUGCUUCAGAGCUGGGGAGCUUUGAGGAUCAGCACAGAAAACUGAGCUUGUGGAUCCAUGAGAUGGAGGAAAAGUUAAGCACAGAAAACCUGGGGGAGAGUAAACAGCAUAUGUCAGAGAAGAAGAACGAAGUCCAUCGAGCUGAGAUGUUCCUGGGAGAACUCUUGGCCGCCAGAGAGUCCCUUGACAAGCUCUCCCAGAGAGGGCAGCUCCUCAGCAAAGAAAGCCACAGCGCAGGGAAAGGAGGCCGCCGGUGUGCUCAGCUCCUGACCAGCUACCAGAACCUUCUCAGAGUGACCAAGGAGCGGCUGCGCAGCUGUCAGCUGGCCCUGCAGGAGCACGAAGCUCUGGAAGAGGCCAUGCAGAACAUGUGGUCCCGGGUAAAGGAUGUGCAAGACAGGCUGGCUUGUGCAGAGAGCACUGUCGGGGACAAGGAAACUUUGGAGGGGCGGCUGUCGCAGAUUCAGGACAUUCUCCUCAUGAGAGGGGAGGGAGAAGUGAAGCUGAAUAUGGCCAUUGGCAAAGGGGACCAGGCUAUAAGAAGCAGCAACAAGGAGGGUCAGCAGGCCAUUCAGGCUCAGUUGGAGACACUUAAAACGACAUGGGCUGACGUCAUGAAUUCUGCCAUCCAUGCGCAAAGCACCCUGGAGUCUGUGAUCGACCAAUGGAAUGACUAUCUAGAGAAGAAAAGCCAGUUGGAGCAGUGGAUGGAAUCAGUGGAUCAGAAAGUAGAGCAUCCCUUACAGCUGCAGCCGGGACUGAAGGAGAAGUUUGCCCUGCUGGACCACUUUCAGUCCAUCGUCUCCGAGGCAGAGGAUCAUGUGGGCAUGCUGCAACAGCUAGCAGCAAGGUCCAGGGAGUUGUACAACAGGACUCAGGAUGAGUCCUUCAAGGAAGCCGGUCAGGAAGAACUGAGAACACAGUUUCAGGACAUAACGACCGUGGCCAAGGAGAAGAUGAGGAUGGUAGAGGAGAUUGUGAAAGACCACCUCAUGUACUUAGAUGCAGUUCAGGAGUUCACGGAUUGGCUCCACUCAGCAAAGGAAGAGCUCCAUCGGUGGUCAGACACAUCUGGAGAUUCUUCAGUUACUCAGAAAAAGCUAUUGAAAAUUAAGGAGCUGAUAGAUUCCAGAGAGAUCGGUGCGGGCCGCCUAAGCAGAGUGGAGUCGCUGGCCCCAGCAGUGAAACAGAACACAGCUGCCAGUGGGUGUGAGCUUCUGAACUCCGAGAUGCAGGCCCUGCGCGCUGACUGGAGGCAGUGGGAAGACAGCCUGUUCCAAGCGCAGAGCAGCCUGGAGAACCUGGUCAGCGAAAUGGCCCUCUCCGAGCAGGAAUUCUCCGGCCAGGUGGCCCAACUGGAGCAAGCCCUGGACCAGUUCAACACUCUUCUGAAAACGUGGGCCCAGCAGCUGGCCCUCCUGGAAGGCAAGAACACCGAUGAGGAGAUUGUGGAGUGCUGGCACAAAGGACGAGAGAUCCUGGAUGCUCUACGAAAGGCGGAGCCUAUGACGGAGGACCUCAAGUCUCAGUUGAAUGAACUUUGCCGGUUUUCCAGGGACCUGAGCCCAUACAGUGGGAAAGUCUCGGGCUUAAUUAAAGAGUAUAACUGUCUCUGUCUGCAAACAUCCAAGGGCUGCCAGAACAAAGAACAGAUUUUGCAAGAACGAUUUCAGAAGGCCUUCAGGGGCUUCCAGCAGUGGUUGGUUAACGCAAAACUCACCACGGCCAAGUGUUUUGAU